AUCGGAUGCUGGGUGUUGGCUGCUGAGAAAAUGUAGGAAGAGGGAAGGAAAAAUCCAUUUUUGAAUCUUUGAUUUUUCGUGGUCUGAAUAUGAAACGUUGGAAGGCUUUCUUGAUUGAGUCCAUUGCAGCUAUUUGAAUCAGUUGAGGUCUAAUGGCGAAAGCUUCAGCUGGAGCUACAAAUUCUGGGAAUCGAACUGGGGUCCGGAUUGUUGUUGCUGGAGACCGAGGCACUGGAAAAUCAAGCUUGAUUGUUACAGCUGCUGCAGAAAACUUUCCGGCCAAUGUGGCACCGGUGUUGCCACCAACGAGAUUGCCUGAUGAUUUCUACCCUGACCGCGUGCCCAUCACAAUCAUCGAUACCUCAUCUAGUUUGGAGAAUAGAAGUGCACUUGCUGAUGAACUGAGACGGGCUGAUGCUGUUGUACUUACUUAUGCCUGUGAUCAGCCUGCAACUCUUGAUCGGCUGAGUACUUUUUGGCUUCCAGAACUUCGUCGCUUAGAGGUAAAGGUCCCAGUUAUUGUGGUUGGAUGUAAGCUAGAUCUGAGGGAUGAGAAUCAGCAAAUGAGCCUGGAACAGGUUAUGUCACCAAUCAUGCAGCAGUUUCGGGAGAUAGAAACUUGUAUAGAAUGUUCGGCAUCCACACAUAUCCAGAUCCCUGAAGUUUUCUACUAUGCACAAAAGGCAGUGCUUCAUCCAACGGGACCGCUAUUUGAUCAAGAAACGCAGACUUUGAAGCCCCGGUGUGUGAGAGCUUUGAAACGAAUAUUCAUUUUGUGUGAUCAUGACAGGGAUGGUGCCCUGAGUGAUGCAGAAUUAAAUGAUUUUCAGGUCAAAUGUUUCAAUGCUCCAUUGCAACCUUCUGAAAUAUCUGGUGUUAAGAGGGUUGUGCAAGAAAAAUUGCAUGAAGGAGUCAAUGAUCGUGGUCUUACUUUGACUGGAUUCCUCUUUCUCCAUGCAUUAUUCAUUGAAAAAGGGCGUCUCGAGACAACAUGGACUGUCCUAAGGAAGUUUGGGUACAAUAAUGAUAUCAAACUAAGGGAGGAUCUCAUUCCAUUGUCAUUUAAACGGGCUCCUGAUCAGAAUAUGGAGCUGACAACUGAAGCCCUUGAGUUUCUGAAGGGAAUCUUUAGCUUGUUUGACAUUGAUGGUGAUGGGGCACUGCACCCUGAUGAGCUUGUAGAUCUUUUUUCUACUGCACCAGAAAGGUACUUCUGUUUUCCUAAAACAUCAAUUUAUGGUUUUGUUUUUGCUACUUUACUUCAACAUAUAUCAUUUCCUAUUUUAUUAAUAAGAAAUAUGAUAUGUGUUAUUGUCUGUUGGAACUUAUAAACAUCCUGUUGGAAUUUGUAGUU